CAAGGCUCCAUAGAAGAUGGGUGACUGGGGUUUCCUGGAGAAACUGCUGGACCAAGUCCAGGAGCACUCGACCGUGAUCGGGAAGAUCUGGCUCACCGUGCUCUUCAUCUUCCGCAUCCUCAUCCUGGGCUUGGCCGGGGAGUCUGUGUGGGGGGACGAGCAGUCGGAUUUCGUGUGCAACACCAAGCAGCCUGGCUGCACCAACGUCUGCUAUGACAAAGCCUUCCCCAUCUCCCACAUCCGCUACUGGGUGCUCCAGUUCCUCUUUGUCAGCACCCCAACGCUGAUUUACCUGGGCCACGUUGUCUAUCUCUCACGGAAGGAGGAAAAGCUGAAGCAACAGGAGAGUGAGCUCCGGGCUAUCCACAGCAAGGACCCGAAGAUCGAGCAGGCGCUGGUGGCCAUAGAGAAGAAGAUGUCCAAGAUCUACGUGUCAGAGGACGGGCGGCUCAAGAUCCGAGGGGCGCUUAUGUGGACGUACAUCAUCAGUGUGAUCUGCAAGAGCAUCUUUGAGGCUGGAUUCCUCGUUGGCCAGUGGUACCUGUACGGCUUCUCCAUGGUGCCCCGCUAUGUGUGCAAGAGGGACCCCUGCCCCCAUCAGGUGGACUGCUUCAUCUCCCGCCCUACCGAGAAGAGCAUCUUCAUCAUCUUCAUGCUGGUGAUGGGCCUCAUCUCCUUAAUCCUGAAUCUCCUGGAGCUCUUCCACCUCUGCUGCAAGAACCUGCUUAGCAACAUCAAGAAGGUUUCGGAACCAGCCAUCCCAAGGCGGGAUGCCUUUGCCAGUGACAUGGUCUCAGGUCCUUACCCACACAAGCAUUACCCCUUCCUGCCCAUGGCUGAGAGCCACACAGCGUCCUACCAGGCCUUCAACAAGCUCUCCAGCGAGCAGAACUGGGCCAACUUCCACAACGAGGAGAACCUGGCGCUGGGCAGCAGCAGCAGACCCCUGUCAGACCCCUAUGCCCCCAGGGCUGCUGAAGCCCCCCCUCCAGAAGAGAAGCUGUGCAGCCGGCCCGAGAGCUCAGCCUCCAAGAAGCAGUAUGUCUAG